UGAUAUUUAAGCCACUGGCAAACUCUCUCCCCAUCCAUCUCUGCCUUGGCUCUGUCCCCUGCACUUCUUUAAAGACAAAGGAGGCCCUCCAUCAGCACUCAGCAUGUCUAAGGAGCCCACUUCCAACCUGGAGAGUGCCAUGCAGAUGCUCAUCAAGACCUUCCACAAAUACUCGGGCAAGGAAGGCGACAAGUACACUCUGAGCAGGGGGGAGCUGAAGGAGCUGCUACUAGAGGAGCUGGGCAGUUACCUGGGGCAAGGAUCCAAAGACAACGAAGCGGUUGAGAAGGUGAUGAACGACCUGGACGCCAACAACGACGGGGAGGUGGACUUCACCGAGUUCAUCAUCCUGAUGGGGGCCCUCACGGUGGCCUGCAACGACUUCUUCCUGGAGUACAAAACAGAUGACAAGGCGAAAGACGCAGACACAGCCGGGUCAGCAGAGAAGAAAGAUUAAGGCCUGUGCAAGAGAAGAAGAAGAGAAACAAGGGGGUGGAGGUGUUUGGUGGGGGAAAGCUGUAAUCUCUAUGGUUUUUUGUCCUCAUGUAAUGUUCAAGCGCUAAAAUCACACACUGCACAAGAUGUUCACACUCAUUCAGGUGAAGUUGCACUGGCCUAAACCCAGUGAGUGAUUUACAUUAACAACAGGGUACAUCUCAAGAACUUUCCCCUCACUUUAGCAGCUUUGACAUUUUUGUGGGUGAAGACGUAAAUGGAGAAAUAGAGGGCUUUUGCAGAGAUGGAUAUUUGAGCUUUUUCUUGCACACAAAUAAUUUAUUGACAUAUUUAAAGUUUUAGCUCACCUUAUAAAUGAAUGUAGCCAGUGUUGAAAAAUAGGAGAUCUUGCACCUAUUUUGUAAUAUAUGGAGGUAACCAGUGCUUCAGAAUAUUAAAAAUGGUAUUAAACAGCAACUUUUCUGGUG